AUGACCAACUACCCCCUAUUAAUCAAUUUAAUCAUAGCCCUCUCCUACAUCCUUCCGAUCCUAAUCGCAGUAGCCUUCCUCACACUCGUAGAACGCAAAAUCCUAAGUUACAUGCAGGGGCGAAAAGGCCCAAACGUGGUAGGCCCAUUUGGACUUCUACAGCCCCUGGCCGACGGAGUGAAACUAUUCAUCAAAGAGCCUAUCCGGCCAUCAACAUCCUCCCCAAUCAUGUUCCUGACAACCCCCAUACUAGCCCUACUCCUGGCAAUCUCCAUCUGGAUCCCACUCCCCCUGCCAUUCUCCCUAGCGGACCUAAACCUGGGCCUAUUAUUUCUCCUAGCCAUAUCGAGCCUAGCGGUCUACUCCAUUCUAUGAUCAGGGUGAGCCUCCAACUCAAAAUAUGCUCUAAUUGGAGCGCUGCGGGCGGUGGCUCAGACAAUCUCCUAUGAAGUCACCCUAGCAAUCAUCCUGCUAUCUGUCAUUCUCCUAAGCGGGAACUAUACUCUGGGCACCCUGGCAGUCACCCAAGAACCCCUUUGCCUCAUUUUCUCCUGCUGACCGCUCGCUAUAAUAUGAUAUGUGUCCACGCUCGCCGAGACUAACCGCGCCCCCUUCGACCUGACAGAGGGGGAGUCAGAACUAGUCUCCGGGUUCAACGUAGAAUACUCAGCAGGACCAUUCGCCCUCUUCUUCCUAGCAGAAUACGCAAACAUUAUGUUAAUAAACACACUAACUGCCAUCCUAUUCUUCAACCCAAGCUUCUUAAAUCCCCCUCAAGAGCUAUUCCCCGUAGUGCUGGCCACAGAGGCCCUACUUCUAUCAGCAGGGUUCUUAUGAAUCCGUGCUUCCUACCCUCGAUUCCGAUACGACCAACUAAUGCAUUUACUAUGAAAGAACUUCCUGCCCCUCACACUAGCCCUAUGUCUGUGACACAUCAGCAUACCAAUCUGCUACGCAGGCCUACCACCCUACCUAAGA